AUGUCGGGAGUGCAAGGCGGCAAGCAGGCUAGUGGGCGUGAAAGCCUUGUGCAGCAGCAUGCCGUCCUGCAAAAGCGCAAGCGAACGCGUCCUGCAGCAUUUUGGAAUAGUGGUUGGAGUAAGGUGUCGGCGCUGGCCAACCCGGAUGCUUUGCCGAGCGGCGGCCAGGACAAGGAGGAGGAGAUUCAGGAACUUGACGAGAUCCUCAAGUUCAAUCAGAUAGCCCUCUCUGACAUCGACAGCAGCGAGGCUCAGGUCAGAGUGAACUCGGAUUCUCAGCGCUCAGGCCUCUGGCUGCUGGCUAGCUUCAUAAACCACUCUUGCUGCCCCAAUGUGCAGCGGGUGAUCCUGCACGAUCGUAUGGUGGUGCGGGCCGCACAAGAUCUGCAGGCGGGCGAGGAGUUGGUCGACAGCUACGUGCAGGUCCUUCAGCCUGUUCAUCGCCGCCGUUCUGAGUUGGAGCGUUCCUACCGCUUCCGUUGCAAUUGCGACCGCUGCGUUCUGGAGUCCGAGCUUCUAGACGGCCAAAAGGUGCAGGCACUGCUUGAAAGAGCUGCGGGCAUGGCUGGGAGGCCUUCGGCAGAUGGAGUGGCGGAGUGGCACCUUGUGGAGGCGGCGGAGACCCUUGUGGCAGCAGCACUUUCUGGCGCUGGGGCCACAGCCUGGGCUGCGGACGAUAAGUCGCCUGCUCAGGAGCUGCUGCUGGCGAGCUUCUCCCCACUCUUCCGCACUUUGGCCCCGGCCCUGCAGAGUGGUUUUGCAGCAUCUUCAGCCAGGUUGCACGUGGCCCUGCGUGUGUGGCAGCGCUUCCACGAUGUGGUGGCAGCAGUGCUACCAGGCUCCGAAGUGCUCUGUGCCGUGAGUAGCUCCUUGUUCUGCACGGCCCUCCUCCUGCGACAGAAUCCUGGCGCGUGCCGGCAGGAACUGGCAAUAGCUUUGUGGGCCUGCCACCAGGCUUAUGGCGGUGGGGUGAAGGUCUGGCAGAUCUGGCACAGGAAGCUCUUCCCGCCUGCGGCGCUGCGGGCGGCAGAGGUUGUGUGGCACGAGGAAUUGGCCAGGCACCCUCCAGCCUCCGCGACACCACCGCUUCCAGGAAUAGACCUCCAUGCGAUGGAUUAG